CAUUUCCGCUGCAAGCACUCUAAUUUGGGUUCGGUGUCUGUUGAGUCGUCACCGAUUCUACAAUGGCGACGUUUACGUUUUCUUUUUCCACUAAAACCCUAACCCUACCCUCUCACACCAAAACCCCUACGUUGAACUUCAACAAGGUAACGAAUCUUCGCCUCCCUCAUCCUCUGGGGACCCGAACCCGAACCCGAACCCGAACCCGAAACCCUAGUGGGAUUCGGGCGACGCUAGAUGGGGAAUACUCGGCGAAGAGGAGCAGCAGCAGUGAGCAGAGGGAGACGAUAAUGCUACCUGGCUGUGAUUACAACCAUUGGUUGAUUGUGAUGGAGUUUCCUAAGGACCCUGCACCCACACGCGAGCAAAUGAUAGACACUUAUCUCCAAACUCUUGCCACUGUCUUGGGAAGCAUGGAAGAAGCUAAGAAGAAUAUGUAUGCCUUUAGUACUACCACGUACACUGGAUUUCAGUGCACGGUUGAUGAAGCAACGUCAGAGAAAUUCAAGGGUUUGCCUGGGGUUCUUUGGGUACUGCCAGACUCUUAUAUAGAUGUUAAAAACAAAGACUACGGAGGUGACAAAUACAUAAAUGGGGAGAUCAUUCCUUGCAAGUACCCUACCUAUCAACCAAAACGUAGCGGACCAAAGAAUGAGAGUAGAAGGUAUGAGAGACGGAGAGAUGGUCCUCCCCCCGACCGCAGAAGGCCAAGACAAGAGGCGGCUGCCUCCGAUUCAUCCUCUACGUGAGUCUUGCAGGUGAUUUUCUGUUUUGCUGAGAUUAAUGUCGAAAGAAAGCUGCUGCUGCUUAUCAUAGCUCUAUAAGGUGCAUGCUCAUUUUUACAAAUAGAAGAUUAAACUUGUAUUGGAUUCUCAUCUGAUACAAUGUUAUGGAAUGUUUUUGGCAAAGCUCAGACGGCUAUUUUCACGAUUCAUCUUGAGGAACAUGUGAUUUUUGGACAAUAUGAAUAUGACAUCUGAGACGGGUAACUGGGUACUGGAUUUUUUUGUCUGUAAUUUGGAGCUACUUACCGUGCAACCAGUUCGUUUGUGUUAAACUUUUACUCCCAAGUUUCAUUGCAGUUUGAGCACACGAAGUGACUAAUAUGUACUGUACAAUAUCAAUAUGCUUAGAUAAUGUGCAUAUUUAGCCCUUCGACGUAAGAGCAGGCAAGUAAUAAAGCUUUGAAGUGCAGCACCUUAAGGUGUUUCUGGUUUUGUUUUGUUUUGUUUUGUUUUGUUUUUUUUUGUUUUAACUAAAUUGAAGUUUCACCUUAAUAAUUUAUCUAAUAGAGAUCGAUAUUAAAAGUAACAGUUACCAAAAGUAGUGGUGAAAUUUUGUCAUGAAUAAAAUACCAAAGCAGUAAAAUUAUUCAUUAGAGUAAUAUAGUUGGGGGAGAUGAGUGCAUUGGAUGUUGGAGAUAGUUGCUUUUAAUAAAAACUCCUGAUUGGUAAAUAAAUAAUUGGUGCUUUCUUUGGGAUAAUUAUUUUAACAGCAGUAAAGAGGGAAAAUAGAGCUGAUUUAAAUAUGGAAGGGAUGCAACAUUUAUGCUUCGUUCGGCUGUUUAGAGAAAUUAAAAGAAAAUGAACAU